UGGCUGCCAGCGUCACCGGGCACACCAACAUCGUGGAGUCCCUCAUCCAAGGAGGGCUGCCGAACGAGGAGGGGGGGGAGAUGCCGGGACGCGAGGACGGGGAUUGUGCGGCCAGUGGGAGGCAGCAGUGUCGCGGGACGGGCCAGGAGACGCAUCCGUGCUGCCCUUCCUUGGAGGAGCAAGAGGGCUGGAAGGGAUGUGGUGCUACUAGCCAGGAUGAACACCAGGGCCCGGAUGAGUACUGCAGUCGGGAGGCUGCUGUAGAAGCCCUGGAGCUGCUAGGAGCCACCUUUGUGGAUAAGAAGCGUGAUCUCCUGGGGGCCCUCAAGUACUGGCGGCGGGCCAUGGAGCUUCGGCACCAGGGGGGGCAAUAUCUAAGCAAGCCUGAGCCUCGGCAGCUGGUGCUGGCUUACGACUAUUCCCGAGAGGUGAGCACGCUGGAGGAGCUAGAAGCUCUGAUCACUGACCCGGAUGAGAUGCGCAUGCAGGCACUUCUGAUCCGAGAGCGCAUCCUGGGCCCCUCUCACCCAGACACCUCCUAUUACAUCCGUUACCGGGGGGCUGUCUAUGCUGACUCAGGCAACUUUGAACGCUGUAUUAACCUGUGGAGGUAUGCCCUGGACAUGCAGCAAGGCAACCUGGAGCCCCUCAGCCCCAUGACUGCCAGCAGCUUCCUUUCUUUUGCUGAGCUCUUCUCCUAUGUGCUUCAGGACCGCUCCAAGGGCACCUUAGCUACCCAACUGGGCUUCUCUGACCUCAUGGGUGUGCUGAGCAAAGGGGUCCGGGAGGUAGAGCGGGCACUUCUGCUUAACAAGGACCCAGUGGCGGACUCUGCGCAGUUCACCAAGGCAGUAGCAAUCAUCCUCCAUCUGGUCUUCCUGCUGGAGAAGGUGGAAUGCACCCCCGAGCAAGAGCACCAGAAGCGCCAGACCAUCUACUGCCUACUAAAGUGCAGUCCCCGGGCCAAGAACGGAUUCACUCCCUUGCACAUGGCUGUGGAUAAGGACACCACCACUGUGGGGCGUUACCCAGUGGGCAAGUUCCCGUCACUCCACGUUGUGAACCUGCUGCUAGAGUGUGGGGCUGAUCCAGACAGCCGUGACUAUGACAACAAUACCCCGCUGCACAUUGCUGCCCAGAACAACUGCCCUCUGAUCAUGAGUGCCCUGAUGGAGGCUGGAGCCCACAUGGAUGCCACAAACGCUUUCAAGCAGACAGCUUAUGAUUUACUGGAUGAGAAGCUGCUUACCAAGAGCAUGAUGCAGCCCUUUAACUACAUCACCCUCCAGUGCCUUGCUGCCCGUGCCCUGGACAAACACAAGAUCCCUUAUAAGGGUUUCAUCCCUGAGGAGCUGGAGGCUUUCAUUGAGCUUCAUUAGAGGAGGAGGGCUAAAGUCACCAGCCUUUCCAGGACCUGCUCAUCUUCCCUAAGAGGGAGGGGAAACCAAGAUUUGGGGGCAGAUCCAUUUGCUGGGUGCUGGAAGCCUUCGUUGCAUUGAGGCAGGCUGCAGCCUUUCCCGUCAUUGAGCUUAUCCGUACAGGGGAAGGAAACUCAAGAUUUUCUCACUGUGUCGUUUCCUCAUCGUCCCCAGGUGCCUGAAGCCUUCGCUGAACACAGUCAAGAGCAGACUGCAGCUGCUGUCUUCCCCAUUGCCAACCAUCGCAUCUUCAAGGCAGAAGGCAACUGGAGAUUUUGUAGAAGAUUCCCCUGCAUCCUCCCACCUUGUCCCGUAAAUGCUGGAUUAAUUCAGUCGUUUGUGAUUUAGGAUAACUACAAAUUCACAUACGAGCACCUCUCUUCUGCACCCCCUACCCCAAAGGACAACCAAUAGGAAUGCAAGCAAAGGAAUAAAAUAUCAAUAUCUUCCAUUUUAUCCUAGUCCCCCCUCUUCUUCCCAUAUGUGGCACAUCAGCCUAAAAGGUGGGUGGCUAGUGCCCAGCAGGGCUAAUUGCCACUUGCACCACUUUCUAGAAGAAUGUGGUGAUUUUUCCCUCUUUCCGCCCCCUGAGUAGCCAUGUGCAAAAGUUUGAGAUUUUGAUGGCUGUUUGCAAAGCUGAAUAUUUUUUUUCCCCCGCCAGACCCAGGCCUUGUCUGCACUGCAAGAUUUCUCCAACCCUGUGUUUACAUCUCAAGGCAUCUUAGUAACAUGGGUUUGUCAGCAAUACUGGCUUAUAUGAAUGGGGAGGGUUCUAUCUUUUUUUAAUCAAUAUGGCUUUGUUGCUGGCAAGGGCCUUAGUCUUACAGAUUUGCAUGAGCCAACCCUGUGCUUAUGUAGACUUAGAUCGGCAUGGAGACUGGCUCAUAUAGUAUUGUCUGUAGGCCAAAACCUUGUUACUUGAGCUGGUAUUUGUGAUAUUCCCCCCUCCCCCCCUUUCAAGCCAUUCCAGCUCAGAGAAUGUUUGCAGAUGGGACAAAGCUUGGAGGUUUAUUUAAAGCAGGUGCACAUCUGUACAAUGUGGGGAGUCCAUGGUUGAAAGAAAGAGCAGACAAGGAAUGUUAGCAAAGGAUGAUUUUUAUUUUAUUUUUUUAAAGGUUGAAAAGCUCCACUGGGCUUGAUCCUUCCUUGAAAGGGCUCCUGACUCAUUAUUUUUGGCUUUUUGGUUCUUUCAUACUAAGUAUGGUGCUAGUUUAAAGAGUGAAAUAAAAAUCUGUUUCCAGUUGGCUACUUUUGGGGUGAGCUGGUUUUGUUUGUUUAAGACCUGGACUGAAGUUUGCCCUGGGGCAGUGGGUAACAGAUAUUUGUCCACAUUGACAGAACCCUGUUUUGUGUUGACAGCACGAUGCAGUCAUUCCUACUGAGACAAAAAAUAAAAUGCAGGGGUUGCUUUAGCAGCCGGUGGCUCAUUUCUUGGCCCAGUUAGCGUGAACUGCAUCUGAGGGGGAAGCAACUGUUCUCUGAGCUUCCAGGAAAGGUCAGGAUGAUCAGAACCCUGACACAUGCCCAUGCACUGUGAUCUAAUCAAGCUGCUCUACUAGUAUUUACAGGCAGCUGAACUAUAAACCUCGGUAACCCAGUGUUCUCUUCCCUUUAAGGAUAUUGUAGAGCUGUCAUUUAGUUUUUGGAGUGUUAACUAUUAAAUGUUUUAUUUAUGAGGCAAGAAAGUUUAACUCCUUAUCAAGGUGUAAAGUGCAGAGUUAAUUUAGGUAAAGCAUUUUUCCUUCUGGCUGCUAUGGAUUAAACUGCACAAAUAAAUUUAACUUUGUGAGCUGAUGAGUGCUCCUAACUUUAAGUAAUAAAACAAAACAAAUGCUGAUGGAA